CCGAAAACCCUCUCUCUCCUACAGUCAGCGGCCCACCAUCCUCAGGAAUGGAUCCCUUUGUUUCUGACCCCACUGAACCCGUGAAAACCAGUCCCCAGACGCAAACGCAGGGGCAAGAGGAAGAGGGCCUUGGAGCCGACCCCUCCUUCAAUUCGUCUUACACUGAGUCCGUCGGCGCCACCGCCGCCACCCAGGCGGACGAUGAGGCGGAGAGUCGGGCGCCCGGCUCCCCUUCCCCGCCCCGACGGCCGCCGAGCAUCUCCUCGCGCCGCGAUCCUAUCAGGGCCGGGUGCUUCCGGAGGCUGGCCGCCUCCUGCGAAGCCGCCCGAAUCCGCGAGGCGGCGCUCCUCCGUGAGUCUAAACCGCCCGCGGCGAAGGCCGAGGACCCCGACGAGCCAAUCUGGCCACCAAAAAGCCCCCAUUGGAGGCGCUACGUGGAACUACAAACUAUGGGGUCCAGCCCGUCUAAUCCUGUGCCCAACCCUGAUGAGAAUUCAUUAUCUCAUCCACCGCGAAAGGAGAGCCAAUAUAUGUUAGCUGACAAGGUUGUGGGCCAAUGGGAUGACAGUGACACUGAAAACUCCUCUGGAAGUGCAUCAUAUCAAAUUGUUUAUUAUAAGAAUGCCCAGGGAGAAAACACCUUUCUUGUGCCGCCUAAAAAAAGAAAAUUCACUAUUGAUACAUAUGCUGUGGAAUGUAGUACUUGCCAGAAAUGGAGAAUUAUACCAAGCAAACUGAAAUAUGAGCAAAUCCGAGAGAAUAUUAUACAUGUUCCAUUUUCAUGCAAAUAUGUCCAUGGGUGGAAGCCAGAAGUGACAUGCCAUGAUCCAACUGAUAUAUCUGAGGGUAAUGGCAUGGUAUGGGCGAUUGAUAAACCAGCUAUCCCUCAGACCCCUCCUGGGUGGGAAAGGAAGAUUACUCUAAGGAGUGAACAGGGCACAAGAUUCGCUGACGUGUACUAUAUCUGUCCUGCAGGCAGAAAAUUAAGAUCCAUGAAAGAGGUUGAAAGGUGUUUUGAAGACAACCCAGACUAUGCUGCCGUUUUACAGUUAUCUCAGUUUUCGUUCAAGGUACCUAAACCUCCAAAUCGCCCUCGUCAGUCAGAGCUUAUUGAACCAACUGAAGUGCCACCUCCGGUUCACAGGGUUCCCGUGCACAACUACAUGCCGGUCCCUCAUGGAGAAGCCAAUCCUCUCACUCACAUACCAGUGACACUAGCUCUACAAGUACCAGUGAUGCGCUCCAAAAAGAGAAAACUCAACCAGUGAUGCUCUCCAGAAAGAAGGAAAACAAAUGCAAUAUCAGUGAUGUUUAAAUGUGAGACUUGAAAUAUGCUACUCCUGAUACUUGUUGAACCCAUAAAGAUUUUGUUGUUGUAUUAUCUUACUGUAUGUGUUCUACCGUAGCUAAGCUCGCUCCCCUUAUGCUGGUAGUUUGCUCCUGCUUAGCCGGAAUUGAGAAACAUUUUUGGGACAUCGACAUCAACAGAGGAAUGUUGUACCACCUUGCUUUUACCUCACUCUAUUGGUGUGCUGUGCAUGUCUAUAACUAUAGUUUAUGCA